CCAUUUGGGAUAGCAAAAUGUAAAAUUUGUUUCACUCCAUCUCAGCACAGAGAAAAAUGUUAUCGUUUGACAUAACUUUACCCUGCAUUUAAAUUUUUAAAAACAACUCAUUAUAUCGUUUAUAAAAAGAAUUAAAUAAUCAGCAUAUACAUAGUUUAGAAAAUCACUUAAUUCUGUUGUAUUGUGCCCGUAAGGCAAGUAUAUUUAACUUAUACUAAAACAACAGACGCAAUGUUUUAUGAGGAGCCUAUAAGUAUGAAGAUGUAUGUUAAUAUAUCAAUAAAAGAACUAAUGCUUGUUUAGAUUUCCUUAUCCCUUUUCCCAAUUAUAAAUAUUAAUUAUAUUAAUAGUUUUUUUUAUUAAAUUCACAUUUCGCAAAAAGUAAGCACAUUGGCAACAAUUGCGAACAUAUGAUCGCUCAAAACGAUCGUUAGCUUACAUAACCUCAGAAAGAUAACAUUAAGCAUAACACCAAAACCAAAUUUUUUUGCAACAAAAUACAUAUGUAUAUAUUUUUUAACAAUAUGAAGAAAUCUUUUUUGCCAUUAUUGAACACACUGAAAUCUCGUACUACAGUUCCAUGGUAUCGCUCUCAUUUUACUUAUUAUCCUGACAAGUCACCGAAAGAAGUUAUUUCCAGUGGUAAUGUUACUGAAAAAAUGAAUAUGGUUCAAGCAAUCAACAAUGCUAUGGAUUUGGUACUUGCAAAAGAUCCAACCGCAUUACUUUUCGGCGAAGAUGUAGGCUUUGGCGGUGUCUUCCGAUGUUCAGUUAACCUACGUGACAAGUAUGGGAAAGACCGUGUUUUUAAUACUCCACUAACCGAGCAGGGAAUAGCUGGAUUCGCCAUUGGUAUUGCUAAUGUUGGAUCCACAGCUAUUGCGGAAAUACAAUUUGCAGACUAUAUAUUUCCUGCAUUUGAUCAGAUUGUCAAUGAAGCGGCAAAAUAUCGGUAUCGCAGCGGUGGCCUAUUUGAUUGUGGCUCUCUGACAUUUCGAGCACCUUGUGGAGCUGUAGGUCAUGGUGCUCUUUAUCAUUCUCAAAGUCCCGAAGCAUACUUUGCACAUACACCUGGUCUUAAAAUUGUAGUACCUAGAGGACCAGUGAAGGCUAAAGGUUUACUUCUAGCUUGCAUACGGGAUCCUAACCCAUGUAUCGUAUUUGAACCAAAAACACUUUAUAGAGCCGCUGUUGAGGAAGUACCUACUAACGAUUACGUGUCAGAAUUAGGCAAAGCUGACGUGUUGCUUAAAGGAAAAGAUGUCACUCUGAUUGGUUGGGGUACACAAGUGCAUGUACUCUUGGAGGUGGCAGAAAUUGCAAAAAAAGAACAUCAAAUAGAUUGCGAAGUGAUUGAUUUAGUAUCUAUUUUACCGUGGGACUGUGAUACAGUGUAUAAAUCCGUAAAAAAAACUGGGCGCGUUAUUGUGGCUCACGAAGCACCUCUAACUCAAGGUUUUGGUGCUGAGUUAGCUGCUUCCAUACAAGACAAAUGCUUUUUGCACUUGGAGGCACCUGUAAAGCGCGUUACCGGCUGGGAUACGCCAUUUCCACAUGUAUUUGAAACAUUUUACUUGCCUGACAAAUAUCGUUGCCUAGCGGCCAUAAAAGACUUAGUGAAUUAUUGAAACUCGACGUUAAAUUUCAACGAUAUUUAUUAAUGACGCUUAAAUUUUGGAAACGGAUGCAUUUAUAUUUGUUUAUACAUAUAUUUUUACGAAUUUGAUUAUCUACUUUUAAUGGUAACAUGUGCAAUUAUUUUACGUAAUAAGUUUAGAAGUUUAAUAAAAAAUAAAAACAAACUGCUCACCACUAU